AUGAAAUUUAUCGAAGCUAUCUUAGAGAGUGCACCCGCAAAUUUUGACAGACUCAGAGAGACUGGCACUCAAAGAUGGCCUUUCGAUUCAUUGCUAAAAAUGUUUUCGAGUUCCGAAUGCCAAGUCCAAGCCGAUAAAAUAUAUGGUCUUCUAGGAAUAGUCAGUGACACGGAACUCUGCAAUUUUCCUGUAGAUUAUGCUCGACCUUUGUUUGAUGCAUAUGUUGAGAUUCUUAACUGCUAUAAUCAAAGGCGAUCAACAGGGUCAUCAGCUCUCGGCAUCAUAAGACUGAGUCAGAGUCUACAACUUGCAUUGAAUGGUCCUAUCCCACCGCCUGCAAUGGCCUUGAACUGGUGUGAUGGAGAACAAAUAGACCAGACAAAAUUGUUCAAUUAUCGUGGUUAUAUGGAAGGCUUUGUUGUCGCGUCUAACAUUGCGAAGCAUGACCUCCCCCAAAGAUUGAAAAUGGAAUUUCCGGAUAUUAAAAGCUCAUGGAAGAUUGUCUCGAGCAAAAUCAGAGACUUGGAUUCCUGUAGUAAGAAAAGCUUGAAGGGUUUCGACAGUGAAUUUGGUUACGCUACGGGAGAAAGUCUACUGUGUUAUGAUGUUGGAAAGUCUGUGACCGAAGAAACCUCGGUCAGAUCUGGCAGAGUUCACGAAACAGGAUUUUUUAUAUCUAGCACAGGAGAGUUUGGCAUUGCUUCUGCUGAAGUCCGGGAGAAUGAUUCCAUCCGUCGUUUGAAAGACACUGAUAUCACGCUGAUCAUUCGUCAAAGGCGCGACCAUUACCCACUCGUCAGUAGAGCGGUCAUGACUUCUUAUGCAGACACUAUUUUGAAAUCUGGAGGAAACGCAAAAGAUAUAGAGGACGAUACCCUCCACCUCUGGCUUGAUGCAUUGACACUGCAGGCACUGACGUGCCCAAUUGAGUCAAAAGAGGGGGUUCCAUACUGGGAAUGCCUCACAAUGAAAGAUGCAAUUUCCAGACUUGGGGUACUUGAUACGUCGAAUAUGGAUCAUUCCCUGCGCCCGGAAGUUAAAUCUAAUGAGACGUCACAUAUGGUUGAUUCCCUGCGUCCUAGAGUUAAAUCUAAUGUUACUUCGAUAAUUAAUUCUAAGAAUCGGACGGUAGUGAUAAAUCAUUUUAGAUAA